ACACGAUUUUUUUUGUGUUAGAUAUUGAGCUACGUUAUUCAAAAGUUUCAAAAGCUUAUAAUAUCUAUCCUUGCUAUAUUUAGAUAUUCUUAAUAUAAAUUUCAUUAAAAAAAUUCCAGAAAUUAAAAGUACUUAAAAUCUAAUAUCGUUAAGGCUACAAAGAACAUGGAGAUGAUAAUAAAUGGGAGCAAUUUUAAAUCAAAAUAGAGUUGAAUAAAACCGAUCGAAAAAUUCAAAUAACUAUAUAUUUAUGAUGAAAAAGGAAAUUUGAGAGGAGAUUGUAAAGUAAAGAAGUUCAUUGAUGGUAGCAAAUACUAAGGAUAAUUAUCUAAUGAUAAAGGAGCGGUACAUAAAUAAUUUGAUAUAGAUUAGGGUAUGGAAUAUAUUAUAUUACUAUAAUAAUGGUGAGAUCUUUAUAGGUUAAUGGUUUGAUGAUAAUUUUAAUGGUUCAGCACUCAUUUUAUUGCAGAUGGUAUUAGAAUUAAAGAUCUCUAGGGGAAAGAUAUUCUGGAGUAUUGUCCAAUUGUUUUAAACAUAGACAUAGAAAAUAUUAUUAUUUGACUGAAAUUACUAAUGAUGUAGAUUCGGUA